AUGCUUGGUUUAUCUGGAAAUCCAGCAGAUCUCGAAAGAAGGCAUCACGUUUUUGGAGAAAACUUUAUACCCCCGAAAAAAGCAAAAACAUUUAUUCAGUUAGUGUGGGAAGCACUUCAAGAUGUCACCUUAAUUAUUUUAGAGAUUGCAGCCAUAAUAUCACUAGGCCUUUCUUUCUAUAAACCUCCAGGAGGAGACAAUGAAGUGUGUGGUACAGCAGCAGGUAGCGUUGAAGAUGAAGGUGAAUCAGAAGCUGGUUGGAUCGAAGGUGUUGCAAUUCUUGUUUCAGUUAUAUGUGUGGUACUAGUUACAGCUUUCAACGACUGGAGUAAAGAAAAACAAUUUAGAGGUCUGCAAAAUCGAAUUGAACAAGAGCAGAAGUUCACGGUGAUAAGAGGUGGCCAAGUUAUCCAGAUUCCUGUGGCAGAAUUGGUGGUUGGUGACAUUGCACAAGUUAAAUAUGGUGACCUCCUACCUGCUGAUGGUGUGCUUAUUCAUGGUAAUGACCUGAAGAUCGAUGAAAGCUCCCUGACUGGGGAGUCAGAUCAUGUGAAGAAAGGCCCAGAGAGAGAUCCACUACUCUUGUCUGGUACCCAUGUUAUGGAAGGUUCUGGAAGAAUGAUAGUCACAGCUGUUGGUGUAAACUCUCAAACUGGAAUCAUUUUCACCUUGCUUGGAUCUGGAGAAGAGGAGGAGAAAAAAAACAAAAAGCAAGAUGGAGCUGUAGAAAAUCGCAACAAAGCUAAAGCUCAAGAUGGAGCGGCUAUGGAAAUGCAGCCAUUGAAAAGUGAUGAGGCGGCUGAGGAUGCUUCUGAGAAAAAGAAAACAAACGUGCCUAAGAAAGAGAAGUCUGUGCUCCAAGGGAAGCUCACAAAAUUGGCAGUUCAAAUUGGUAAAGCAGGAUUGGUGAUGUCUGCUGUUACAGUUAUCAUUCUUGUUCUGUAUUUUGUGAUUGAUACGUUCUGGGUCCAGCAACGUCCUUGGUUAACUGAGUGUACUCCAAUUUACAUUCAGUAUUUUGUUAAAUUUUUCAUCGUUGGUGUUACUGUCUUGGUUGUGGCAGUACCAGAGGGUCUCCCGCUUGCAGUCACAAUAUCUUUGGCUUAUUCUGUGAAGAAAAUGAUGAAAGAUAAUAACUUGGUCAGACAUUUGGAUGCCUGCGAAACAAUGGGGAAUGCAACAGCUAUCUGUUCGGACAAAACUGGUACCCUCACAAUGAACAGAAUGACUGUUGUUCAAGCAUAUGUAGCAGACCGGCACUACAAGAUGAUUCCGGAUCCAGAGUCUUUUCCUGAGAAUAUUAUGGACAAACUUGUUGCUGGGGUAGCUGUAAACUCUGCAUACACUACAAAGAUACUGCCUCCUGAGAAAGAAGGUGGCUUGCCACGUCAUGUUGGCAAUAAGACGGAAUGUGCCUUGCUGGGAUUUGUCAUGGCUUUGAAGAGAGACUACCAGGCAAUACGGAAUGAAAUUCCAGAAGAGAAACUAUUCAAGGUUUAUACCUUCAACUCUGCACGAAAAUCCAUGAGCACGGUUCUGAAGAACCCUGAUGGUAGUUUUCAAAUGUUCAGUAAGGGUGCCUCUGAGAUUGUUCUUAAAAAGUGUUCCAAAAUCUUAAAUGCAAAGGGUGAGACCAAAGAUUUGAAGAUUAGAGAUCGUGAUGAUUUGAUAAAGAAAGUAAUAGAACCAAUGGCUUCUGAGGGACUGCGUACCAUCUGCUUGGCCUUCAGAGAAUUUGAAGUUGACUCUGAUGUGGAUUGGGAUAAUGAAAAUGAUGUACUUUCUGAUCUCACCUGUAUUGCUGUAGUUGGUAUUGAAGAUCCUGUGAGACCAGAGGUUCCUGAUGCCAUUAAGAAAUGCCAGCGUGCUGGUAUCACAGUCCGUAUGGUCACUGGUGACAACAUUAACACAGCCCGAGCCAUUGCUACAAAAUGCGGUAUUUUACAGGCUGGUGAUGACUUUCUGUGUUUGGAGGGUAAACAGUUCAACAAACGUAUUCGCAAUGCAAAAGGCGAGAUUGAGCAAGAACGUAUAGACAAGAUCUGGCCCAGGCUCCGUGUCCUUGCAAGAUCUUCGCCUACUGAUAAGCACACUUUAGUCAAAGGCAUUAUUGACAGCACAGUGUUAGAACGCAAACAGGUUGUUGCAGUCACUGGAGAUGGUACUAAUGAUGGUCCAGCACUGAAGAAAGCUGAUGUUGGGUUUGCUAUGGGUAUUGCUGGAACGGAUGUAGCCAAAGAAGCCUCUGAUAUAAUCCUAACUGACGAUAACUUCACAAGCAUUGUUAAAGCAGUUAUGUGGGGCAGAAAUGUGUAUGACAGUAUAUCAAAAUUUCUCCAGUUCCAGCUUACGGUGAAUGUUGUGGCAGUGAUUGUGGCAUUCACUGGUGCUUGUAUCACACAGGAUUCUCCAUUGAAGGCUGUGCAAAUGCUUUGGGUAAAUUUGAUCAUGGACACGUUUGCAUCACUUGCUUUAGCCACUGAACCACCCACUGAAGCACUCCUGCUACGAAAGCCUUAUGGCAGAAAUAAACCACUAAUUUCUCGUACAAUGAUGAAGAAUAUCUUGGGUCAUGCUGUCUACCAACUCAUCGUUGUUUUUACACUCUUAUUUGCUGGUGAAAAAAUAUUUGAUAUUGACAGUGGACGAAAUGCUCCUCUUCACGCGCCCCCUUCAGAGCACUACACAAUUGUAUUUAAUACAUUUGUCAUGAUGCAGUUGUUUAAUGAAGUGAAUGCUCGAAAAAUUCAUGGUGAAAGAAACGUUUUUGAUGGAAUUUUCAACAAUAUAAUAUUUUGUAGCAUUGUAUUGGGAACAUUUAUUAUACAGAUCAUCAUUGUUCAAUUUGGUGGGAAACCAUUUAGCUGCACUAAGCUAACAGCUGAUCAAUGGUUAUGGUGUGUUUUUCUAGGAAUGGGAACGCUAAUAUGGGGACAGGUGAUCGCUACAAUUCCAACAAGUCAUCUAACAUUUCUCAAGGAAGCUGGUCUUGGCACACAAAAGGAAGAAAUACCAGAGGAUGAGUUGGAAGAAGAUAUUGAAGAAAUUGACCAUGCAGAGAGAGAAUUACGUCAUGGUCAGAUCUUGUGGUUCAGAGGUCUUAACAGAAUACAGACUCAGCUCAGAGUGGUGAAUGCAUUCCGUAGUUCCUUGUAUGAAGGAUUAGAGAAACCAGAAUCUCGCAGCUCAAUCCACAACUUUAUGACCCAUCCAGAAUUUAGAAUAGAAGAUUCUGACACUCAUAUCCCUCUAAUUGAUGAAAGUGAAGGUGAUGAAGAAGCACCAACAAAACAUGAUACCUCACCCAGAUUAUCUCUCAAUGAAAACAACAAUGCUGUUGACAGUGGGAUCCAUCUUACAACCAACACAAGCAAGUCUGCUACCUCUUCAACCCCAGGAAGCCCACUACAUAGUCUGGAAACGUCUCUCUAGUGUACGCAAAAUGUUAACACACUAGAUCUAGUGAGCUACAAGAAGAAAAGAAAAAUUGGGUCUUUUUACACUGUGUGAUUGACAAGAUAUUCUUGUCAUGGACUUCAACAGAAGACACACCAAGAAUGUAGAUACUUCAAGCUUUCUGCCAGACUAAAGGUGCUUUUGGAACUCCCAAGUGACACACAAACCUGGUAUAAAAAUGACUUGCUUUGAGGAUUUGUUCUGUUACAGAGGAUGAAAAAUCAACUUUAAGAAUUGUCCUGAGCAGUGUGUUAGCUGAACAUUUAGUUUUCUUGAUUUCUGGAUGGUGUUUUUUGGGCCCUGCCUCAUUGAUACUUUAAUUUCUGCUACUUGGCUGUUAAUAUUUUGGAUUAUUUAUGUUUAAAUGAUGCAGUUCUGUUUACAAGGUUUGUAGAUACUUUUGUUUGUAGGUAGGUGGCUUCCUGACACAUGAUGCAGAGAAACUAAUCCUUCAAAUACUACUGGUAUUUUCAGGAAAAGGGUGUUUCAGUUGAAACUGUACUGAAUAUGCCUGUGAUUUAUUUGUUAAAUAUUGUAGAUAAAAAGCAUAACUUGUAGCCAAAUAGAUAACACUACUAACUUACAAUAUUUCAGCGUUGUUUUAUGGUCUCUUUCCCAAUGAAGCCCCUAAAUACUUGCACACAUUUUUCAAUGAUUGUUUCAGAAUCUAGUUUCUCAGUUUCUGGGAAAUGAACUGCAAAGAUUUUCUCUUCACAAAUGAGUAUGAGUGAAAUGUUCAGUGGAAGAAAACAGCCAUGUAUAAUGAGAUUCUUCAGAGUAUUUGUCAACUCAUCAAAUGGAUUAAAUCAAAUGCAUCAUAA